UUCAUUCUCUCUCAUCUCAGUUUCGAAAAUCUCCACGUUGUGCGCUCCAAAUUGCAAUGUGAACAUAAUUGAUAAAUAUAUUUUAAAUUUCAUUCCAUUCACAACAAUCAUUCUUUCUUGUUCCUCCAAUGUCAAUUUAGUCGUCAAUAUCAUGAACGGAUUAAAUUCAAAAGGGAAUUUAGAGAACAAUGCGAAUCUGCAGAAUGAACUUGAAUUGUUGCUGCUACAGAAGCAGAGUAAUCGUGGUUUAAUACUUGAGAGGGAGAGAGAGCUAAGCAUAAAUCGAAGUGGUAGUGCGCCGCCAACGGUAGAUGGCUCCCUAUGCACUGCUGGGAGUCUUAUUAAGAACCCCAAUUUUAUGACACUAGACAACGAUGGUAGCAGCAGCGGUACUAGUGGUAACAAUGGCGCAAUGACAGAAGAAGAAAUUCGAUCGCUCCCCGCAUAUCUAGAGUACUAUUAUUCGCAUGAGAAUCUCAAUCCCAGACUGCCCCCACCCUUGUUGUCAAAAGAGGAUUGGCGAAUUGCUCAAAGGAUCAGGGCAGCAGGGUCAGGAUUUGGGGGAGUUGGUGAUUGGAGGAAUGAAAAUCUUGUAGAUGAUGGUGUACAAUCAUCAUUGUUCUCGAUGCAGCCCGGGAUAUCUGUACAGAAAGCGGAAGAUGAGUUGAUCGAGUUGAGAAAGGCUGCUUUAAGGAAUCUUUCACGUAAAAAUUCUUUUGACUAUCUGCACAAAGCCUCCACGGGCAGCUCGAGUACAGGAUUGGGAGUUAGGAGGAAAAGUUUCGCAGAUAUACUUCAGGAAGGACUUGGCCAACCUGUGACAUCAUCAGGUCAUCUCUCCCGCCCUGCUAGCCAUGAUUCAAUUGGUGAUGCUUUGAGUUCAACAGGAAUGUCACGGGAAGGGCUUGGCCGACCCAUGACAUCAUCAGGUCGUCUAUCUCGCCCUGCUAGCCAUGAUUCAUUUGGUUCUGUUUUGGGUUCAGUAGGAAUGUCACAGGAAGGGCUUGGGCAACAUGUGAGUUCAUCAGGUCAUCUCUCGCGCCCUGCUAAGCAUGACUCAAUUGCUGCUGUUUUGGAUUCAAUGGGAAUCUCUAGUACUCACUUAGCACAAAUACGUAAUAGAGCCAAAUCCAUUGAAGCUAUGCAUUCGGAAAAUGCUUUUACAGUUUUUUCUAGUACUCAGAACCUAGGCUUGGCACUUCCUAAUUCUUUUGCAUCUUCUGUGGGUUCAUCUUUGUCAAGGAGUAGGACUCCUGAAUCUCACCUUGCUGGGAGGUCCACCAGUCCUCGACUUGUUAAUGUUGGUAAUGGAGUUCGCUUUACUGAUAAGAUAACUAGUUCAGCCUCUGACACUCUUAAUGUUUCUUCCACUGGAAUUAAUGAGAUAGCUGAUAUCGCUGCUUCUCUUUCUGGAUUAGGCAUGUUGAAAGGUCAACAUCUUAUCCAAGAAAAUAUUCUUAACUCUUCGCUUCAAAUGGGAAUAUCAAAUGGCCACAGAGAGAAUCAGCACCGGCAAUAUUUUGAAAAGUCUACAAUUGAAAAGUUGGAAAAUGCCAUCGCCUACGCUGAUUUAUCAAGGGAUAAUGAAUCAAUGAGAGGCUUUAAUAUUUCCAACUCACAUUUGGAUGGGCAAGUUAACUUUCCAACAAGAGCAUCUUCCUUUUCUAAUCUUCAGUCUCAACUUAAUCCUUCUGAGUAUGCAAAUAAAGAAGAUCUGAAUAUCCAAAUUCAAGGCCAUAAUUCCCCUGUUAUGGUUGUUUCUGGUCGAGGACAUAAUGGAUGUUCUGCUGAUCAUAAACCAGACAUGAUGAUCAACGAUCGUCUUGCUGCAGGUUCAGUUUUGAAUGGUACUACUGGAAAUAGACAGAGCUUGGGAAGUAGCAACCAGACUAGUUCUGGCCUUCACCAUCCCGUUAUGGAUCCACAUCAAGUUCAUUAUACGCAGAAAAUGUCCAAUUAUGGAAAGAAUGUUGCAUAUAUUUCAGGUAGUUCUUCUCAAGGAAGAUAUUAUGUUGGUGGUCCCCAUGGCCGUGAAGAAUUGCAACCUUUAGGGAAAGCCUAUCUUGAGGCAUUGCUUGUGCAACAGAAACGACAAUAUCAGUCGCACUGUUUACAUGAAUCUGACAGUAUUAAUCAUCAAUACCGUUCUGAUCCUGCAUUUGACCCAUGUGCCGUGCCAUAUCAAGGUAACCCAAUGAUGAAUUCUGUACAUUCAACAAUCAGUACCAGGAGUCCUAUGUUUAGUAAUAGGCAAAGUUCACAUAUUCAGUCUUUUUUGAGAAAUUCAGAGGGAGUGUCCACUGGUUCUCUGCAUUCAGAAAGUGAAAAUAACAUGGAAGGAAGGUCUGAAUCAUUAUUAGAGGCCUUCAAGAACAAUAAGACCAGAUCUUUGGAACUUUCAGAUGUUCUUAGUCAUUUUAUUGAGUUCAGUAUGGAUCAAUAUGGAAGUCGCUUCAUUCAGCAAAAAUUGGAGAUCGCUACCUUUGAAGAAAAGAUGAAGAUAUUCCCAGAGAUUAUCCCUCAUGCUCCUAGCUUGAUGACUGACGUAUUUGGGAACUAUGUCAUACAGAAGCAGUUCUUUGAGCAUGGCACUGAAAGUCAACAGAAGGAGUUAGCCAGCCAAUUGAUUGGUCAUGUUUUGCAUCUCAGUCUACAAAUGUAUGGUUGCAGAGUAAUCCAAAAGGCAUUGGAAGUGGUUGAUGUGGAGCUGCAGACUAAAAUGGUAGCUGAACUUGAUGGAUCAGUGAUGAAAUGUGUCCAAGAUCAGAAUGGUAAUCACGUAAUCCAGAAGUCUAUUGAGUGUGUCCCUCAAGAUCGAAUCCAAUUUAUGAUAUCAUCAUUCAUAGGGCAAGUCGUGACGUUAUCGACACAUCCAUAUGGCUGUCGUGUCAUUCAGAGGGUCCUUGAGUACUGUGGUGAUCCUAACACUCUACAAAUGUUCAUGGAUGAAAUUAUGAACUCCGUGUGUACCCUAGCACAAGAUCAGUUUGGGAAUUAUGUCAUCCAGCAUGUCUUGCAGCAUGGUAAACCGCACGAACGGUCUGCUAUUAUUAGCAAGCUUGCAGGUCAAAUUGUGAAGAUGAGUCAACAAAAAUUUGCUUCCAAUGUGGUCGAGAAGUGCUUGAUUUUUGGUGGUCCAGAGGAGCGUAAACUCAUAGUGAGUGAGAUGCUUGGGUCUACAGAUGAAAAUGAGCCUCUUCAGGCUAUGAUGAAAGAUCAAUUUGGAAACUACGUUGUGCAGAAGGUCCUCGAGACAUGUGAUGAUCGAAGCCGUGAAUUCAUUCUCUCUCGUAUCAAGGUUCACUUGAAUGCACUUAAGAGGUACACUUAUGGAAAACACGUUGUAUCGCGUGUUGAAAAGCUUGUAGCAACAGGAGAGAAGCACAUAGUGCCAUCCUCCUCCCCAAGCUACUCUUGAAGCAAUUCAACUCUGGUCAAAAGAAGAGAUCUUUUGUACAUAAGAAUAUAAGUAUUUCCUGUGAGGCUUCUAAUAGGUGUAAAUAAGGAGGCAGUAAUCUUGCUGGAAUAAGGUAGCUUCUUUUUCUUGAUGAUGUAUAUUUUGCGCGUAAUAUGUACUGACAAUUGGGAUGAGUCGUACUACUUACCUAUAUGGUUCGAAAUUUGUGACAACUUGAGGAUCUAUAGCUGCUGCACAUAAUUCAAAACAAGCUGUAAGCUUAUGGCAGAGUUUUCUUUACUGAGAUGAGCUUAAUGGUGUAUGUACAUUUUUUGGGUUCUCUUGAGCAAAUUCGAAAUUCCAUUUUAAUGGAGAGGAAAAAUGAUUAGACUAAUAUUAUAUCUCAGCAACUCGAGCAAAUGCCUCUCUAAAUUAUGCAAGUAAAGAUGAAGUGUCUAUAUAUUUGCCCCGCACUUGUUUAGUAUCAUAGAAAAACUGAGCAAAUGCCCCUCUUUGUUACGAGCAUGUUUGGCGAUAAGUUAAUUGUGUAUUGAGCUCCGAUCAGUCAUAUUCUUGAAAUAUUAUGUUAGUUAAAUUUAUUACAAUAACAUACAGUUUUGUUA